GUUUUUUUACCGUGUGCGAUGUCAUAAUAAAAACAAACAAAAAUAAAUUUCAACUUGGAAAAAUUGGGAAUUUCUGCCUUUUUCGUUAUAGUUUUUGGUGAAAUUUUUAAUAGUUUUUGUCGUUCAAAUAUAAAUUUUUAUAUGUAAUAUACAGUUGAACAUCUAGCAUUUCCAAAAUUAAUGAUUAUACGAGAAGUUCUUUAUUAACUUUGACUGUCGUUAUAUCAAAUGGACUGCAAUUACUUCCUCGCUGACACACAGUAAAUAAGCAUCCUCGGUGUUGUGAAGAGCUGCACGGUCGAGGCAAGAUGCCCCCUCUAUUCCCCUUUGAAUGUGUUGUGCAUAAGUGCUAAAUGGCGUAAAUGGCAGUGUUCGCUUAUCUGCUGUUCAGUGUUGGUGAAGACCUGUUAGAAAUUGCAGACGUAUUCAUUCGCUCUAGAGGUUCCCUGGUGGAAUGUAGAGAUUAUUUACAAAGCAAACGACGUGAUCAAUUAUUUCGUUACUACAUUGCCCAAUAUAGUUGCGAAGGUGACAACAACGAACGGGAUCGAAUUACAGCAGGAAACAUGUCUUCCGAAUCGCUGGAUAGUUGCGAUUUUGCCUACCAGGAAUCUCCAAUUUCACCCGGGUCAAUUAGUCUGGAUAAAAGCUCAUCAACGGAGGUCGUCUACACCCUGGAAAAUAUUGCGGAAGUCUCACCCGGACUAAGCUUUGUCAUUAGUGGCACUAUUUUGCUGACCUGUGAGCGAUUCUCCAUCAAUUUGAUGCUGAAAAAUUCGGAUCUGGCUCUGCAUUUUAAUCCGCGACUCCCACAAAACUACAUCGUCCGAAAUUGUCGUGUAAAAGGAGUUUGGGGGAAAGAAGAAGUGGCAUCUCCUUUGUCGUUCAAUCUUCACCGUGGUCAAAAGUUUAAAGUUCAAAUCCUGGUGACCGAUAAGGAGUUUCUCAUGUGUGUUAAUGGUCGACAUUUCAAUACAUUUAAACAUAGGCUGCCUUACAGAAAAAUAUGCGCCCUUGAAGUCAAAGGGGAUGUAAAAGAUGUGAACGUUGAGCAGGUCCAUGUUGAAAGCUAUCCCGACAUUGUGCUGGAGGAAAUAAAGCAAAUCUCAACGGAACACUUUACCUUUCCGGACAUAUUAGAUUCUCACUAUAAACUGAUGCCUUACACCGGUCGUUUGGUGGAACCGUUUACGAAUGGGAAGAACAUGCACAUACGGGGCCGGGUCAAGCUGCUUCCGCACUCCUUCUAUGUGAAUCUUCAAAGUAAUCACUCUGUUUGGCCCCAUCCGAGCAUUCUCUUUCAUUUGAAUCCACGUUUCGGAAAUGUGGGCGGAAAGCAUGUAAUCUGCCGCAACUCCUGGCUCAACGGAAAAUGGGAUCGUGAGGAACGCUCAGAGAAUUUGACUGAUUUCAUGCCCGGAAAAACGUUUCACUUGAAAAUCGCUUGCACCGACGUAAGCUAUCAGGUAUAUUUGAAUGAUAAAUUAAUUGCCGAAUUCAUAUUUAGGGAAAAUCCUUCACUAGUUGAGACGGUCUAUAUUCAAGGUGAUAUAAAAGUUUUCGAUGUAGUAUUAGAAUCGGCCUAUUAGUUUAGACGAAAGAAAGGUUUGAAUUCGUCGUCGCCCUAUGACCACUAUUAUACGCGUAAAGCUUUAACCGAAACAAUAACAGUUCUCGGGUACUUAUUCAAAAGGACGUAUGUGAUUUUGUAAACAAAGAUUCAGACGUCGAUUUGUCCGAUCUGAUUGCCCUCCCACGCAAACCAUCACCAUAGACAGAUAGGGAGAGGCUUCGGCUACCUGUUGGUGGUGUUGGUUUGCGUGGGAGUGUCAUCAGAUCGGACAAAUCGACGUUUGAAUCUUUGUUUACAAAAUCACAUACGUCCUUUUGAAUAAGUACCUUAGAGUUCUUUAUUAAGCAUUUCAAGGUGCGAGAGCCUUGUUACUAAUUAGUGUGUAUUAUUAUGUGAUUUAUUGUACCUAUUGUUCAAAGAAUGAUGUAAUUUUGAUUGCAUGUAACUAGUCCAUAUGAAACAGUCCAAAUAUAUAGCUUGCGGCACAAAGAA